AGCGACCGCCAGGGGGCGCCCGAGAUGGCAGGGGGCGUGGGAAGCCCACAUCUGCCCAGCAGGUGCGCCCACCCCAAGCAAACAGGGGGCCCGGGCCCGGGGCCUUGGAGAUAAGGCCUGGACAGGAUAUAUCCCGCGCAAGAGCCGAGGAGCAGGGGUGUGCAGGGUUCCAGCGACAGCAGCACUGGACUCUUCCAGAGGGCGGCGGGUGAGCGGCUGGGGCCCGGUGGAGCCACCAUGGACCCUGCAGGGGCAACAGACCCCUCAGUGCCUCCCAAUCCUUUGACUCACCUGAGCCUGCAGGACAGAUCAGAGAUGCAGCUGCAGAGCGAAGCCAACAGGCGGAGCCUCCCGGGCACUUGGACCAGGUCAUCCCCAGAGCACACGACCAUUCUGAGGGGAGGCGUGCGCAGGUGCCUGCAGCAACAGUGUGAACAGACUGUGCGGAUCCUGCAUGCCAAGGUGGCCCAGAAAUCGUACGGAAAUGAGAAGCGGUUCUUCUGCCCCCCGCCCUGUGUCUACCUCUCGGGGCCUGGCUGGAGGGUGAAGCCAGGGCAGGACGAAGCUCACCAGGCUGGGGAUGCGGGACCCACGGUCUGCGGUUACAUGGGACUGGACAGCGCGUCCGGCAGCGCCGCUGAGACGCAGAAGUUGAAUUUCGAGCAGCAGCCGGACUCCAGGGAAUUCGGCUGCGCCAAGACCCUGUACAUCUCAGAUGCAGACAAGAGGAAGCACUUUCGGCUGGUGCUGCGGCUGGUGCUGCGCGGGGGCCGGGAGCUGGGUACCUUCCAUAGCCGCCUCAUCAAGGUCAUCUCGAAGCCCUCGCAGAAGAAGCAGUCACUGAAAAACACCGAUCUGUGCAUAUCCUCCGGCUCAAAGGUCUCCCUCUUCAACCGCCUGCGCUCUCAGACAGUCUCCACACGCUACCUCUCUGUGGAGGAUGGGGCCUUUGUGGCCAGUGCACGACAGUGGGCUGCCUUCACGCUCCACCUGGCUGAUGGGCACUCUUCCCAAGGAGACUUCCCACCGCGAGAGGGCUACGUUCGCUAUGGUUCCCUGGUGCAGCUCGUCUGCACGGUCACCGGCAUCACACUACCUCCCAUGAUCAUCCGUAAAGUAGCCAAACAGUGUGCGCUCCUUGAUGUGGAUGAGCCCAUCUCCCAGCUGCACAAGUGUGCAUUCCAGUUUCCAGGCAGUCCCCCAGGAGGGGGUGGCACCUACUUAUGCCUUGCCACAGAGAAGGUGGUGCAAUUUCAGGCCUCUCCCUGCCCCAAAGAGGCGAACAGGGCUCUGCUUAACGACAGCUCUUGCUGGACCAUCAUCGGCACCGAGUCGGUGGAAUUUUCCUUCAGCACCAGCCUGGCGUGUACCCUGGAGCCGGUCACUCCGGUGCCUCUCAUCAGCACCCUAGAGCUGAGCGGCGGGGGCGACGUGGCCACGCUGGAGCUCCACGGAGAGAACUUCCACGCGGGGCUCAAGGUGUGGUUUGGGGACGUGGAGGCAGAAACCAUGUACAGGAGCCCGCGGUCCCUGGUGUGCGUGGUGCCGGACGUGGCGGCCUUCUGCAGCGACUGGCGCUGGCUGCGCGCUCCCAUCACAAUCCCCAUGAGCCUGGUGCGCGCCGACGGGCUCUUCUACCCUAGUGCCUUCUCCUUUACCUACACCCCGGAAUACAGCGCGCGGCUGGGUCACCCCGGCGUCCCCGAGCCCGCCACCGACGCUGACGCGCUCCUGGAGAGCAUCCAUCAGGAGUUCACGCGCACCAACUUCCACCUCUUCAUCCAGACUUAGGCGCGCCGGGUAGCCCCGGCUGCCCACCGUGGAGGGCUGCGCCCGCGCCAGGGGCGGGGACGUGUUUCUGGGUUCUAGGCCCUGCUUCCUUGCCCCUUUGCUGCAGAAGGGCAGCUGAAGGCUCACCCUAGAAACCGGGCCUGGUGGCUCUUACCCUGCUCACUCCCUCCCUCGUCCUUACACAUACAGGAAGACAAGACCUGAGUGGUGCUGUCUUUGUGUCCAUCAUGUGUGGCUCUCCCUGUCUUCAUCUCUUCUCACUCUGUCUCUAAACCUCUCUCUCUCCCUUCCCCCUCAGUAUUUAGUCUAUAGACCUAUGUGCGUGGCCCUAUCCCUCUGUCUUUUUCUCUCUUCAGCUCUCCCUGCUUCUCACAUACAAUUUCACAUGCCCUGAGGAGCCAAGUCUGGGACAUUUACCCUCCAGGCAUCUGUGUCCCCUCUUGAAGAGAAAACACACAGCUUCACACACCCAGGCAUGGGGGGCAAGCUCUUGGAGCAUCAGGACCCUGGAGCACCAGGUCCUGCCUGGAAUAUUAGAUCCACCUGAAAUGCCGGGUCUCUCUGAGUCUCAGCUGGGGCAUUUGGUCCCACCUGGAACACCAGUUCCCACCUAGAGCACUGUGUCCUGCCCUGGAACACAAAGACCUGCUCCUCCUGAGACUCUCUCUGACUGCAGCCAGGCAUAGUACCCUUGCCUGUGUUUGCUCCCUGGCCCACAGCUUUGGUGGCUGGGCAGGUGCCUGGACAGUGAUAAGGUCUUGCUGCCUUAACUGUCCCCCCAGUCACUUCUCCCACAGGUCCAGCAGGACGCAGUCCUGAGGAUCAGGGAUUCUAUAGCUGCAUUAAAAUCAAUCCUAUCCAAGGCAGAGUUUGGUCUGUAUGAGCCACCUCCCCAAGUGUGCCUCCCCCAACCCUCACACCCACACACAAAAAACGGGACCUGCACAGAAAGAAAAGAACCACAAGUCUGAUGGAGCAGAGAGCCUACCUUUUUGACGUUUUCUAGAGGAGGAACAGCGUGCAGAGGCAGCUGGCAUCCUGAGUCCCUGUCCCUGCCCUGGGGAUGUUACCCUACUGGCUAUCUCUCCAUCCCAAGCAAGGGCGCAUCCCAGGCCCAGAGGUGACCACGGGACCCUUUCAAAACA